GAAUAUCAACAGGAGUCGCAUUUUAAAACAGGAAACUUCUCCAACUUCCAUUUUCCUAAAUCAGCAAAGACCAACAAGUGACAAGCUUGCCGACAGAUCUUGCUAUACCCUCAAACCAUCUAUCUCCCUUGAAAAUCAACACUCAUACGCAAUCAUGGCCGCACAAGGCGGUAUCUCUGACCCCGGUCUUAUAACAUUGGUGAAUAAGCUUCAGGAUGUAUUCACGACCGUCGGUGUCCAAAAUCCUAUAGAUCUUCCUCAAAUCGCAGUGGUGGGAAGUCAGUCGAGUGGAAAGAGUUCGGUCUUGGAAAACAUAGUUGGUAGAGACUUUUUACCUCGAGGAACCGGUAUUGUUACUAGACGACCACUUAUCCUACAACUUAUCAAUCGACCCGCUCCUGCGAAAUCAAACGGGGUAAAGGACUCGGAGGACCUGGCUGCUGGAGGUGAUAAAGAAGCGAAUGCUGAUGAAUGGGGCGAAUUCCUUCAUAUCCCCGGGCAAAAGUUCCAUGACUUCAACCAGAUUAGAGAGGAGAUUGUGAAGGAGACAGAGGCGAAAACUGGUCGAAAUGCGGGAAUCUCUCCAGCUCCCAUCAACCUUCGCAUAUACUCUCCAAAUGUUCUCACGCUUACCCUUGUCGAUUUGCCUGGUUUGACCAAGGUUCCAGUUGGAGAUCAACCAAGAGAUAUUGAAAGACAGAUCAAGGAGAUGGUUCUCAAGCAAAUUAGCAAACCAAAUGCAAUCAUUCUUGCUGUUACAGGUGCCAAUACCGAUUUGGCCAACUCGGACGGAUUGAAGCUUGCGCGAGAAGUCGACCCAGAAGGUCAAAGAACUAUUGGUGUUUUGACAAAGGUCGAUUUGAUGGAUGAUGGAACUGAUGUUGUGGACAUUUUGGCUGGAAGAAUUAUUCCCCUGAGAUUAGGUUACGUUCCAGUUGUCAACAGAGGCCAAAGAGAUAUCGACAAUAAGAAGCAGAUUACCGCGGCAUUGGAAAACGAGAAGAACUUCUUCGAGAACCACCGGGCAUACAAGAAUAAGAGCACAUAUUGCGGAACUCCAUACCUCGCCAGAAAGUUGAACCUUAUCUUGAUGAUGCAUAUCAAGCAAACUCUCCCAGAUAUCAAGGCUCGUAUCCAGACUUCGUUACAAAAGUACACUGCAGAGUUGGCAGGUCUUGGAGAUUCGAUGCUUGGAAACAGUGCAAACAUUGUGCUCAACAUCAUUACAGAAUUCACAAAUGAAUGGCGGACAGUCUUGGAGGGUAAUAACCAGGAGCUCUCCAGUAUCGAACUUUCAGGUGGUGCUAGAAUUAGUUUUGUCUUCCACGAACUUUAUUCGAAUGGUGUUAAGGCUGUGGAUCCUUUUGAUCAAGUUAAGGACAUUGACAUUAGAACUAUUCUAUAUAACUCCUCUGGUUCUUCGCCUGCACUUUUUGUCGGCACCACUGCUUUCGAGCUAAUCGUUAAACAACAAAUUAAGCGCCUGGAAGAACCAAGUUUGAAGUGCGCUUCUUUGGUAUACGACGAGCUGGUCAGAAUCCUUACUCAACUUCUUGCCAAGCCACUAUUCCGCAGGUAUCCUCAACUUAAGGAGAAAUUCCAUGCCGUUGUCAUUUCCUUCUUUAAGAAGGCCAUGGAUCCCGCGAAUAAGCUCGUAAAAGACUUAGUGGCAAUGGAAUCGUGCUAUAUCAAUACUGGUCAUCCCGACUUCCUCAACGGUCACAGAGCCAUGGCUAUUGUUAGUGAAAGACAUAAUGCAUCAAAGCCCGUUCAGGUUGAUCCCAAGUCAGGAAAGCCAAUCCCAUCAACGCCUGCACGUACAGCAAGCCCAACGCUUGAUGGAAUGGGCGAACAAAAUGGAGGCUUCUUUGGAAGUUUCUUUGCUUCUAAAAAUAAGAAGAAGAUGGCUGCCAUGGAAGCCCCGCCACCAAUUCUUAAGGCCUCUGGAACUUUGUCAGAGAGAGAAGGCACAGAAGUUGAGAUUAUUAAAUUGCUCAUCAAUUCGUAUUACAACAUCGUAAAGCGAACCAUGAUUGAUAUGGUACCAAAAGCCAUCAUGCUUAACCUUGUCCAAUACACCAAGGAUGAAAUGCAACGAGAGCUUCUCGAGAACAUGUACAGAACCGAUACUCUUGAUGAUUUACUCAAAGAAAGUGACUACACCGUUCGGAGAAGAAAGGAAUGUCAACAAAUGGUUGAAUCACUUUCAAAGGCGAGCGAAAUUGUUAGUCAAGUACAAUAAAGCUACUGUCCGAAGAUUAAAUGCAGCGAUCCUUCCGGGUCAAGAAAGUCCGAGGCAGGGAAGCAACCGAGGAACGUUGAUUAGAUACUCACCGCAAGUACUGUGUUGGCCCAUUUACCUUAGACUCUUUUUUUUUCUAUCUCACAACCACAUACGAUACCUACUUUUCUUUGGCAUGGAGCAUAAUGAUGUGUGGAAUACAUGGACGCGGUGAUGGAGGGGAAAGGGAAAGAUCGUACCGAGAAUACACCGAUUCGAGAAUAUCUUGGUUUGAAAGCAUAAGGCGAAUGAAUGAAUGGCAAGCUUGACUUUAAUGUUGUUUACAGCGAAAUGGUUGUAACUCUUUAGUUCUUUUUCUUCAAUCUUUUCCCGCCUCGUUUGUUGGUGCCUACAGUUAGUUUCAGGGACAUAACUUAGUAUCUAGAUAGUUGCCCCAUUUGCAAAGAAAGAGAGAAAUAAUUCCUACCAAUGACCUUUUUGCA